AUGCCGCACGCGACCGAACCCGUAUUCCAGCACAUCCAGGUCAAGCAGCUUGCGCCGACGUUUGGGGCCGAGGUGACAGGCAUUGACUUCAGCAAGCCAGUUGAGCCAGAGGUGUUCAAGGAGAUUCACGACGCCAUCACAGAAUAUGGCGUUCUAGUCUUCCGCAGAGCCGCGCUCGACGAUGCCCGGCACGUUGCCUUCUCGCGUCUCUUCGGCGAGCUCGACGAUGUAAAGCCCUACCUAGGACUCGGGCGCCAGAACCGAUUCCCCUUCGACGAAUUAUUCGACGUUUCGAACCUCGAGGACGACGGAUCACUGGUGCAAGUUGGAAGCAAGAGAGAUCACGUAUCCAAAGGCAACUCCUUGUUUCACGUCGAUUCGGCCUUCAACCCGCGCCGUGCAGGCUACUCUUUGCUGCGUGCCCACGAGCUCCCACCGCCAGGGUAUGGCGGCAACACCGACUUCGCCGACACCCGAACGGCGUACGACGAACUGCCUCCCGACCUCAAAGCGAAGCUGAGCGAGAUGGAUUACGUGGGCGCCAACUCGCUGUGGCACUCACGUAAGAAGGCAUGUCCAGACUCCGAGUUUCUGCGCGAUAUGGACCCCGAAGCCUACCCGUUCGGCCGACACCGCAUUCUGCAGUUACAUGAACCUUCGGGCCGCACGAAUCUGUAUAUUGCGAACCAUCUUCACCACUUGGAAUAUCUGGAUGGUACGCGUGUUGCGGAGCCGGAAGGUACAGAAUUGAUUGAGACCCUUCUCAACCACGCCUCGCAACCAAAGUACCUCCUCAGCGUAGAUUGGCGCGAACCAGGCGACUUGAUCUGCUGGGAUAAUACGGCCGUGAUGCAUCGCGCGGGCGAGUUCAAGGGAAUGGGAAAGUACAAGAGAGAUAUGAGACGCACAACGGUCCACGAUGGGAGUAGUUCGGCUUGGGGGCUGAAUGAUCAUACCUUGGAGAGGAUGGGACUGCCGUGA